UUUUUCCCACAACAACACCACCAAACCAAACUUUGUUAACCCUGUCCUUUCUUGAACAUUUUGAUUUUUUUGCUUUUGGCGCAUCCCCAUUAGGCCUAUUCUUCCACCACCGCCAAAGCCACCACCACCAUUAUAAUGAGAGGAAACAAAUGUAGGGCUUCAUGGUCUCAACCCUACUUCUCAUUUUCUAUUAUCUUCCUCUCCUCCUUCUUCCUAUUCAACCUCACAAAAUGUGCUUCAGCCAAAAGCAAUGCAUCUUCAACAUUCACACCUUCUGAUAAUUAUCUCAUUGAUUGUGGGUCGACCCAAGAAACCCGGCUAAAGGAUGGCCGGACUUUUAAGUCUGAUCAUGAUGCUACUUCUCUCUUACAAACCGAAGAAGAUGUACAGGCUUCUGUUGAUUCCAUUUCUAUCAAUGUCUCUUCCUCCAUAUCUCCUUCGUCUUUACCUUUAUUUCGCACUGCAAGGAUCUUUCUUCAAGAUUCCACAUAUACAUUCUUUGUUGCCGAGCCAGGGUGGCAUUGGGUUCGCCUUUACUUAUACCCAAUUGAUCACCCCUCAUACAAUCUAACAGAAGCUGUUUUCUCUGUCUUCUCUGGUAAAAUUGUUCUCUUACACCAGAUCCAAAUCCAGGACAAUACUUCAUUGGUGUUCAAAGAAUACUUGAUCAGUGUUUCUGGAAGAUUAUCCCUUCAAUUUAAGCCCAAGAAAGGUUCUUUUGCAUUCAUCAAUGCUAUAGAGGUUGUCUCAGCUCCUGACUCGCUAAUCACCAAUAUAGCAACCUCAGUUUCUCCACUUGGAGAUUUUAAUGGGCUGUCUAACUCUGCUUUUCAAGUAUGUUACCGGUUAAAUGUUGGAGGGCCAACCAUAACAUCUGAAAAUGAUACAUUGUCAAGGACAUGGGAGCCUGAUGGCAAGCAUAAUAAGUUCCUACAAGGGUCUAAAAAUGCAUCUGUGUCUGCCAAAAUCAUCAAAUACCCGGAGAGUGGGGCUACUCCAUAUAUUGCUCCGAGUUCAGUUUAUGCAUCAGCAGUGCAUAUAGAAGAUCCACUUACAAUGCAACCGAAUGUAAACCUCACAUGGAGACUGAAUGUGGAUCCAGGUUACUCCUAUUUGAUCAGGUUGCACUUCUGUGAUAUUGUGAGCAAGGUCCUCAACAGUUUAUACUUCAAUGUAUAUAUCAAUACUAUGGUGGGAGUGUCAGCUCUUGAUCUCUCGUCCCUCACUGAUGCUCUUGACACUGCUUAUUACAAAGACUUCGUGCUCUAUGGGGAUGCCAUCACAAAUGAUUCCAUUUUGGUUCAGAUUGGCCCGUAUCAAUCUCAGUCAGCCAGUCUGGAUGCAAUUCUUAAUGGAUUGGAGAUCAUGAAGAUGAACAAUGAGGCGAAUAGCUUUGAAGGAUUGUUUACUGUUGAUGGGUCAUACAAGGGACCAAAUUCAACAACAAAGAAAUUGAAGAUUGUAGCUGCCGUUGGCCUUGCAUUGGCGGUGGCAGCAAUGUUGUUGCUGGCCAUGGUUUUUGUCCGGUGGCAGAAGAGACCCGAAGGUUGGGAGAAGCGAAACAGCUUCUCAUCGUGGCUCCUCCCACUCCAUCGCAGUAACUCUAGUUUCUUGUCUAGCAAAAGCAGCUCUCGUAGGUCUAGCCAAUAUGGUUCUCGCAAGAGCAAGAAUGGUUACUCUACUUACUUCUCAACCCAGGGUUAUGGCAGGCUCUUCACUAUUUAUGAACUACAGAAUGCUACACAAAAUUUUGAUGAAAAGACGGUGAUUGGUGUUGGUGGGUUUGGAAAAGUGUAUCUUGGAGAGUUGGAGGAUGGAACUAAGAUUGCCAUUAAACGAGGAACCUCAGGUUCUGAGCAAGGCAUUACUGAAUUCAAGACAGAAAUAGAGAUGCUCUCCAAGCUCAGGCAUCGCCACCUUGUUUCGCUAAUUGGGUUUUGCGAUGAGCAAUCAGAGAUGAUCCUCGUAUAUGAGUACAUGGCUAAUGGACCGCUUCGUGACCACCUUUAUGGUACAAACCUCCCUUCUUUGUCAUGGAAACAACGGCUUGAAAUUUGCAUAGGUGCUGCCCGUGGAUUGCAUUAUCUUCACACUGGUGCAGCACUAGGUAUAAUACACCGUGAUGUAAAGACAACAAAUAUUCUUCUUGAUGAGAAUUUUGUGGCAAAAGUUUCUGAUUUUGGCUUGUCAAAAGCUGCACCAACAUUGGAUCAAACGCAUGUAAGCACAGCCGUGAAGGGUAGCUUCGGGUACCUUGAUCCUGAGUACUUCAGGAGGCAACAGCUUACCGAGAAAUCUGAUGUGUACUCAUUUGGCGUAGUCCUUUUCGAGGUAUUAUGUGCAAGGGCUGUCAUAACCCCAUCACUGCCAAGGGAACAGGUCAGUUUGGCUGAAUGGGCAAUGCAGUGUCAUCGGAAGGGCACACUUCAGAAGAUAAUUGACCCUCAUAUUGCAAGCAGCAUAGACCCUGGAUCAUUGAAGAAGUACGUGGAAGGAGCAGAGAAAUGCCUGGCAGAACAUGGUGUUGAUAGGCCUGGAAUGGGAGAUGUGCUGUGGCACUUAGAAUAUGCCCUGCAGCUUCAGGAGGCAUCCUCACAGAUUGCUCCUCCAGAAGAUAGUAGUGAAAUGAUCCUUGCUUCCGAAAAACCAAGCAGCAAUUCUUCUGGUCCUAGUGAAGAGCAAGUUGUUGUUGUUGUUUAUGAUAAUUUAGAACUAUCACCUGGUUCUCCUUUAUUUUCUCAGAUUAAGAAUUUCCAGGGAAGGUAA